UUGGUAAAGUUAUUUGUUUAGUGGAACGGUGUUUGUCGCGAUAAAGUUUACGCACAGAAGUGAUUUUGCUGAGUGAAGUGAAAAAAUAGAAAUUGUUACGUUUUUGUACAUAAAUACAUAAGAAUGGUGUGAAUGCUACAAGAAACUGAUUUGAUAUUAAUCAAUCGAAAAAUUGUGUUGUGAUGUUAUUGAUAUUGCUCUGCAAACAAGUGAAUUGAUUAAAAUUUUAAAGUAUAUAUAAAUUUUAAAGUGGACAUAAAAUUUGAAAGUAAUAUAUGUAUAUGUUAUACAUAAUAUAUAUAUACAUAUGUGUAUAUACGACAACUAAAUUGGAUUUAAGAAGCGACAAGUUUUAAUGAAAUAUAAAUGGAAUUGCCGCUGGAGUACUGAAAAACUUCACUGUUGUGUAUGAAUUAGAAUAUACGUCGAAGAAGAAAAGUAACUGGAAGUUUUUCAAAACACUGAAAAUGGCACAAUCGAAUUUACAAAUCGGUUAUUUUGUUAUAAAAGCAUUACAAUGCUGGCUGUUUCUAAGCUAUGGGUUCUCACAGUUUAAAGUAGCAGACUCGAGGAUAAGUGGAAUGACGUCCCCACUUGAAAUUGACAAAUCACAUCCCAUGUCGUGGGAUCAAAUUAUAGACUUAGAUGAUAGUUUUCGCUUAUUAUGGACAAUCACGGAUAAGGAUGCUAUGUUUGAAGUACAAGUCCGAACCCAUGGAUACGUGGGGUUUGGAUUUUCAGUAAAUGGAAGGCAAGAAGGGACGGACAUUGUUAUUGGAUGGGUGGAUAAGGGGCAGACAUUCUUCCAAGAUCGCCAUGUUUCAAGAACUGUGAACUCUACAGAACCUCAAGUUGAUGCCUCUCAGGAUUACGUGCUUCUAAAGGGGUACGAAAACACGACACAUACAAUCAUAAGGUUUCGCCGAAAAUUAGAUACCUGCGACAGUGUUUACGAUAUUCCAAUUACAAACAACACUAUGCGUUUAAUGUUUUUAUACGAUGAGAACGAUCCACCGAAUGGCUUAGUAAGUCCCGGAUCCUUACCCAAUAUAAGAAAUGCUUGGCGUCAAUCGCGUUCAGUAGUUUUAACGGAACGUCCCAUUCCUACGCAAAGCUUAGAAAACACUCGAAAAUUGGAAUUCCGUAAUUCUGGAGUGGAGUUGCCAUACGACGAUGAAACUUUGAUAUGGUGCAAAUUUUUCAAAUUGGAUAAAAUGAAGAGAAAAAAUCAUAUUGUUAAGUAUGAGCCUAUUUUCGAUUCAUCUUGGAGUGUUCAAUAUCUACAAUAUAUUACGCUGUAUGAAUGCCAUGGAAGCGGACCUGAACUUGAAGCAUUAGCUCAUGAACCAGGGCAACAGUGCCACAAUAUACGCAACUCUCAGCUUUCACAGACAUGUAAUACUUAUAUAGCCUCUUGGUCUCGUGGAAAUUCCGAGUUUAUCUAUCCACCUGAAGUUGGCUAUCCCUUAGAAACGAAUAAUAUGCGCUUUGUUAUGAUGGAAACACAUUAUAAUAACUUGAAUAUUGAUUUUGAGCAAUUCAAAAUAAAUCACAUGUUCGAUAGUUCUGGUUUGAUGUUACACAUCACCGAAAAGUUGCGAACGCAUGAUGCUGGAUUAAUGUCUAUCGGCAUCGAACCAAACUGGCAUCACAUUAUUCCGCCGAGUCAAAAACGUGUUGUAUCACAAGGCCAUUGCAUAGAGCAGUGCACCGGCUCUUUAUUUCCAACAGAGGGUAUAAAUAUCUUUGCCACUAUGUCGCGAACACACCAGAUAGGUGUGGAAGUGAAAUUACGACAGAUACGAGAAACGCGAGAACUGGCUCCUAUUAUUGCUGAUAGCAAUAUUGACCCGAAUUAUCAAGCAUUCCGACGGUUAACGCAGGUUACGCGCUCUCUUCCAAGUGACCGAUUGAUCGCUGAAUGUGUUUAUGAUACAUCCUCUCGUCAAGCAAUCACUUUAGGUGGUCCAUCUAUGAAGGAGGAAAGCUGUAUGGUUUUUGCGCUGUACUAUCCAAAACAAAAGAAGCUCACUUCAUGUCAUUCCUCGCCAAGUUUGUCGACUGUUUUACACUCACUUGGAAUUGAAUAUUUAAAUGCCAACUCUGAUCCUGUGGUUAUAUCAUUACCUGUGGAAUUAAAAGGCAUGACACUGGAAGAACGUUUAUUAACUUAUGAUUGGGACAAUCAGUUUAAGGCAUUUCAGGAUAUAACACUGAAAGGUGCCUUCAAAGCUGUAUGCGAAAUUGAUAAUUCAAUGCCUAAGGUUUCUAACGCUUUAACUAGUUGGCCAACUAAUUUAACCGAUACAUAUGAGCCGCCAACUCUGUGCAGUCAACGAGCACGUAGUAGAACCAACUUUGAAGAACAGGACACAUACGAUUUAAACGAUGUUUCAAGCAACGAUUUGGUUGCAUCGUCCGUGCGUAAUAGCCGAAGCUCAUUUAGUGAGACAUUAGCGUUGAGUAGAGAAGAAACUGUUGCGUCAUCUACAAGGCGAUUGUUCGGUGGUAGUUUGAUCUUCCUAGUUUUAACUUUAAUAAUAAAUUAAAAGAAAAGAAUUAAAAGAGAAUGACUGUAAUGAUAAAGCAAUAUUUAAUUGACAAUGAAAGGAAUCACCCUUAAAAUAAUGUUGUAACCUUACCUUAACCAAUACUCGUAUAUGUAAGCAAUAAUGUGUGUAAUGUUGAUGUUAGAGUUCGUGAUUAAAGUUGUGAGUCUUUCAUAUUUUAAGAUAAAUACAUACAUAUAUAUACUAUUUAGUUAUACAUAACUGCAAAGCAUACUAAAACUUUAAUGUUUAGUAUGCCAAACCAAGCUGUGAUAUGUCUUAGCAGUACUUUAUAUAAGUAAGUAACAAUAUAUGUAUAUGUGUAUUUAGUAUGUAGAAAUGAUUAUGUAACUGUAAGUCGACGAUAAACGAUAAUAAAAUCAUAUUUAUUAGUUACCUAUAUUGUAA